CCAGAGACCACGUGAUCCAGUGGCUUUGUCACAAACCCACAGCUGAUGCAAAGUAAAAUUGUGCAGCACGCACACUGAAGUGUCAUUCUAGUCCUGUCGGUACGAGCUAGUAAGAAUGCAGACCUGUUUUUAUCUUCUCAUUUUUCUUCACAUUGCUGAAGGUUGUAUGUUAUCGGAUAAUACACAGGUUUCCAUAACAGCAUCAUCAGGAGAGUCUGUAGCGCUGCCGUGCUCCUGCGCUGAUCCACAGGAUAGAGCACCGAAUCUCAUAUGGGAAUUUAGAAAAAAGGGUAUAGUUAGUUUUUAUGCCAUCUAUCCCAGUGAUGAGACUAACCGCUACCAGGGCCGAGUUCAGCUGCUUACUGGUGACGCUCCAGGAAAUUUUACUAUCCUCAUAUCACACCUGACUGCAGAGGAUGGAGGAGAGUAUCAAUGUCGGGAAAAGAAUCAGAUCAGUAACCUAAGGCUUGUCUUCCUCACAGUAAAAGCUCCUCUAGUGCUCAGUACAACCACAGCGAGCACAGCAAGGCCGAAUGGUGGCAGUAAAACCACAGAGAGUACACCAAAUCCAGGAAGUUCUGUAGAACUCACAGAUAAAAUUCCAAAAUCAACUCAGAUGGUUAAUGACAAAAUAAAUCCACACUCUGGAACACCUGAUAAAGUUAAAGUACUGAAAUGGAGUGUAAUUAACCACCUGUAUAUCUUGGUUCCUGUUCUUCUGGUGAUGCUGCUUCUAUUCGGAGGUGUCUGCUGGACAUACAGAGCACAGAGACGAGGACAGACGAGGAGCAAGGAACUCCGGACAGAACAGAGAAGUGAGGAAGGGCAGCAUGGUAAUGAAUUGCUUUACUCAGAUGUAAAAUUUAAACCUGCCAGGAAACCACCUCAGAAACACUCGGACGAUGAGGAUGUGGUGUAUGCCAGUGUAAAAAAGAGAUCAGACAAUGAACAGGAUGAUGUGGCAUAUGUUACAGCACUUUACAGUACAGUAAAGCCGCGUGCCCAGACCACCAGCCAGACUGCAGGAGAUAAUACUAGGACUACCUAGUACAUUCACACACACACACACACACACACAUACUUACCUUAUUAUCAAUACUACCUUAUUCUAUCUUAUUAUGCUAUGCUACACCUAACCUGUAUCUUGAAGUUAUUUUUAUGUAUUUUUUUCUUAUUAAAUAAAGGUUUCAGUUUUCCCUGUGGGGAAAUGUUUCUCUUGAAUGUACCUACAAAGUCAAAACACACAACCAUUUAUGUUUCU